UGGACUUGGCGGAGGUAUCGGAGGUGGCAUGGGCAGCUAUGCUAGCCGGGAUCCCGGGAGGGGUGGCGGAGAUGAAGGAGGCAGCACGGGCAACCUGGAGUCUCUGAUGGUCAACAUGCUGACGGAGAGGGAGAGGCUGCUGGACAACCUGAGGGAGACGCAGGAGAGUCUGGCCACGGCGCAGCUGCGCCUGCGAGAGCUCAGCCAUGAGAAGGAGUCUCUUCAGAGGCAACUCUCCAUCGCCCUGCCGCAGGAGUUUGCCGUGUUGACGAAAGAGCUCAACGUUUGCCGGGAGCAGCUUCUGGAGAGGGAGGAGGAGAUUGCUGAGCUCAAGGCGGAGAGAAACAACACGCGUUUGCUGCUGGAGCACCUGGAAUGCUUAGUGUCACGUCACGAGCGCAGUUUGAGGAUGACUGUGGUCAAGAGGCAAGCCCAGUCGCCGGCGGGGGUCUCCAGUGAGGUGGAAGUCCUCAAGGCCCUCAAGUCUCUCUUUGAGCACCACAAGGCUUUGGAUGAGAAGGUUAGAGAGCGUCUCCGAGUGGCCCUCGAGAGGGUGUCCAUGUUGGAGGAUCAACUAGCAGCGUCUUCUCAAGAGGUAAUCUCUUUAAGAGACCAAAUUAAAAGGCGUCAACAAGGGGUGGACGGCGGGAAAGAUCGACUGCCCAACGGACCCGCGUCGGGCCUAGAGGACGGCGAGCUGGAGAGGCAGCGGGAGGUCGAAAUAGAGCGUCAGAGAGCCGAACUGUCCCAGCUAAGAGAGAGGCUGGCCCUCAUGUGCCGGCAGGUUGGGGAAAUAGAGGAGCAGCUUGCGGGCGCCAGGAGGGAGGUGACCAAGUCGGAGGAGGCCAAUCAGAAGCUCCAACGGGAAGUCAAAGAGGCCCUUUGCCAAAGGGAGGACAUGGAGGAAAGGAUUACCACACUGGAACGCAGGUACCUGAGUGCCCAAAGGGAGGCCACUUCCCUCCACGACAUCAAGGACAAGCUGGAAAACGAGCUGGCCAGCAAGGAGUCCCUCCAUAGGCAAAGUGAAGAGAAGAACCGACAACUGCAGGAGCGUCUGGAUGAAGCCAAGCAGAAGCUCCAGCAAACCCUGCAAAGAGCCGAGACGCUGCCCGAGAUCGAAGCGCAGCUCGCGCAGAGGGUCGCUGCGCUCAACAAGGCGGAGGAGCGCCACGGUAACUUUGAGGAGCGACUACGGCAAAUGGAAGCUCACCUCGAAGAGAAGAACCAAGAGCUACAAAGAGCGAGGCAGAGGGAAAAAAUGAAUGACGAACACAACAAACGGCUCUCAGAUACCGUCGACAAACUUCUGUCCGAGUCCAACGAGAGACUGCAGCUGCAUCUGAAAGAGAGGAUGGCAGCGCUGGAAGAAAAGAAUGCUCUCUCAGAAGAACUGGCCAAUAUGAAGAAAAUCCAGGAUGACCUUCUGGCGAAUAAGGAGCAGCUCCUUGCUGAGCUGGAGCGGAUCCAACUGGAACUGGACCAGCUGAGGGGCCGGCCUGGCUCAUCUUAUUCCAGGGCGGGCAGCGUGAGCUCCCUUCCAUCCACCUUGUUUCGAAGAUCUCUUCCGGGGAGCGCCUCGGAGCUGCGCUACCCCCAGGGCGGGGGCUCCCUGCCGGCCGGCUACAGCAGCUCCUCCGGCGGGGCGGUGGUCAGGCGCACUCACUGCGGCCGCUGGGGGCAAGCUAGGGACGACUGUAACAAGUACGGCGAAUGGGACGCCGGCACCGCGAUGGGUCCAGGCUUUGAGGGCGUGGAGGGCGUGGGCUCUGAUGACGAAGAUGACAGGGAGACUCUCUUUGGCUCGGAGCUGCUAUCUCCGAGCGGCGGGCAGACAGAUGUCCAGACUUUGGCCAUUAUGCUCCAGGAGCAACUGGAGGCCAUCAACAAGGAGAUCAAGCUCAUCCAGGAGGAGAAGGAGAGCACCGAGUUGAGGGCGGAGGAGAUCGAGAGUCGGGUGAGCAGCGUGGCCCUAGACGCGCCCUCUUCACUCGGAGGACGGGACAGUGUCGGUCGGGGAUACAUGACGCCCUCCAUCACAUCCUCCACGCUGGCGUCUCCCUCACCGCCGAGCUCUGGCCGCUCCACCCCCUGCCUGCCGCAUUCUCCCGCCAGGGAGAACGAGCGACAGAACAGCAAAGAGGGCGAAGAAUGCCGAGCGCUAGCCGUGAUCGAUUCCCACCCUCCCGCUGUCCCUCGAGCGCUGCGACUGGAGCGAAUGACGCACACUCACCCGGGAGCGGGCCUCGACGAUCACCGGGAAUUUCGCAGUCUAUCGGCCGACGGGGCCAUCACCGCCAGCCAGGAUUCCCUCCACAAAGCCAGCAAAAAGAAAAGCAUCAAGUCCUCCAUCGGCCGUCUCUUUGGGAAAAAGGAAAAGGGGAGGAUGGGUGCGCCUGGACGCGAGUCCCCCUCUUUGGCCUCAACACCGUCAGACGACUUGGGCCCAGCAGACCCGUUGGCACUGGCUAAACUCGGUACUGGGACAGUAGAAAAAGACCGUCGAAGCAAAAAGAAGCAUGACCUGCUUGAGGAGGCUUGUCGUCAGGGUUUGCCUUUUGCCUCAUGGGAUGGUCCAACGGUUGUCACGUGGCUUGAGUUGUGGGUAGGAAUGCCGGCAUGGUACGUUGCAGCGUGCCGCGCCAACGUGAAGAGCGGCGCCAUCAUGGCCAACCUAUCGGACACGGAGAUCCAGCGGGAGAUUGGCAUCAGCAACCCGCUGCACAGGCUCAAACUCCGCCUGGCCAUCCAGGAAAUGGUUUCCCUCACCAGCCCGUCUGCGCCGGCGAGCACGCGCUCCUCGACCAGCAAUAUCUGGAUGACACAUGCAGAAAUGGAGUCACUCGCUGCUGCCACGAAACCAGAGCAGAAAGAGUUCAGCUGGGAUCAGAUCCUGGCUUACGGUGAUAUGAACCACGAAUGGGUAGGAAAUGAGUGGCUGCCCAGUUUAGGUUUGCCCCAGUAUCGCUCCUACUUCAUGGAGUCACUGGUGGACGCCCGGAUGCUCGAUCACCUCACCAAGAAGGAGUUGAGGGGCCAGCUUAAGAUGGUGGACAGUUUCCACAGGGUGAGCCUUCACUAUGGCAUCAUGUGCCUGAAGCGCUUGAACUACGACCGCAAGGAGCUGGAGAGGCGGAGGGAGGAGAGUCAGCAUCGGCACCAAGACGUGAUGGUGUGGUCCAACGAGCGCGUGAUGUGCUGGGUGCAGUCCGUCGGCCUCAAAGAGUUUGCAGACAAUCUGUUAGAAAGCGGAGUUCACGGGGCCCUGCUGGCUCUCGACGACACCUUUGACUACACCGACUUGGCCCUUCUCCUCCAGAUACCCAAUCAGAACACGCAGGCAAGGCAGCUCUUGGAAAAGGAGUACAAUGCUCUCAUCUCCAUGGGAACGGAGAGGAGGCCAGAGGAGGUACUGCCCGUAGCAGACUCACGACGGCACCAAACCUUUCACGCGCUCACCCUCGUGGAGAAAGAUGUUCCGGGAGAAAGACCUCCGAGGCGUGACCUCCGACUCUUCGGAAACGCUCCCGGCCAACUUCCGCGCCUCCGCGAUCUCCACCCCUUCGGUCACCCUGAGGAAAGUCCAGAGUGAAGUGAACUCGGGUCAAAGAGGGGAGUCGGCCUCGGUGAGGACAUAUUCCUGCUGAGGACAAAAGCACAUGAGGUGAGAGCACUUUUCCCGUCGUCAUCCCCGACGGAGGCCAAGCUUACACUGCGGCGCGUCCCCAGCCCAUCACUUUGCAGACCUCCACCACCAUCCCGACCUGAGGAAAGAGACAGAAAGCGGUGGUGGACGACAUCAGAGUCGUCGGACAUCUCCAAGACGCUUGAGCGAGCGGGCUCAAGAUCAUUCUCGUGAACGGAUGGACGCCUUUGCAGUCAUCGCCGUCUUUUUCUCUCAAUCCAUUGUUGUGGCAUGAUGCUGAUGUUUGAUUCUGUCGAAAGCGACCAACGCCUGUUGUGACUUCCACUUCUGUUUUUUUGGAGUGUGCAAUGGCAACACUGACACACUGAACUCAUCGUUUUGUGCGGGAAAAUCCACUCACAUUCUUUGGGGCGAAUUGCAGAACAAGUUGAUCAACAAGAAGCAACUGUUAGGAAGUUGACAGUGUAGUGCGUUUUUUUUUAAUUUUUUGGGUGGUAAAACGUAUGUUCCGAAGCCAUAAAUUAUCGGUGAGAGGCACAAAUGUGAGCGGGACAGACAACGAAAUCAUGAGCAAAGUGCGGAAAAUAAGAGGUGACGCAUUUGUGUUCGUAUGCAUGCCAAAAUCAACCAUUUUAGAGUUUGUCAUCUAAUGAUGUGGAAGCUUGGAUGUAAGAACUUUGUAAAACGUGUGCAUUUUUUUUUUAAUGACAAUUGUUAUUGUAUGUAUGUACAGUAUGUGUGCGUAUAAACCGAUAUGUUCAUUUCAUACUUUUCAGAUGGAUGGUAACUUCAUUUGAGUUUCAAAACAUAGCGUUUUAAAAUGAUGGACAGUCAAGAUAUGCUACUUGUAUGUGUACAUUUUGGAAAAACAAAUUGUCUUAUGGGUUUUACUGGAGAAUAGUGAUGGUAAUUGAAUAUUACAUGAAACAAAUCAUGAAAAUGAUUGUAAAAGCUGUAAUUAAAACAAACAAACAAACAAAAAUGUACGAGGCUUCUGAAA